UCUGAGCAUAAGCAUUUCGUCCAACGUGUCUUUUUGGCAGAGAAACUGAUAACAGAGACGACAUGACCAAGAGGAAGAUUGUGAUUAAGCUUGGCGUGCAGGGCCAGAGAUACAAGACCAGGGCACUUCAGAUUGCAACUACAGCCGAUGGGGUGGAAUCUGUGAGUUUUCUUGAAGAGCGUGAAGAGGAGAUGGUGGUGAUAGGGAAAGGAGUUGAUGCAGUGACGAUCGUCAGCAAAUUAAGGAAGAAAGUUGGGAAGUCAACCAAGUUACUAAGCGUUGAGGAUCUUGUGGAUUAAUUAAUGAAACCAAAAGCUAAAACCAGCAUGGAAGACAUUGUCCUAGAUUCCAUCCUUACUUUUCUAGGGCAUUUACAUUAUUGCUUUGUUCUUCGUGAACUAUUUUACUAGUCGUGCGUGUGUAUUUGUAUUCUAAGUCCAAGUUCUUUGGCCGCUUGGACUUGUCUUUAUCCCGCAUAUUAGA